AUGACUCCCGCGCUCUACAACGCCGAAGCUGGCGGCAGCGUCUGCACCACGCCGGCAUGUCUCCAGCUUUCUUCCUACAUUCUCAGCAGCAUUGCGCCCAACUAUACCGAUAUUGAUCCGUGCACAGACUUUGACAAACUGGCAUGCGCGGGUUGGGCCUCGACGCACACGCCGAUCGCUGGUCGUGCAAAGGCCUCGUCCCUGGGCGAAAUCAGAAAUGCUGUCAACAUCGUGCUGAGGGACGUCCUGGAGGGCCCGUAUCCCAACGGGCCCAAUGCUGGCUUUCUGACGGCAUCCCUGUCCCAGGAACAGGUCGCCAUCGAUAGAGACAACUUCAAGCUUAUUGUCGACACGUAUAACGCCUGCUUGAACAAUACCGCCGUCCAGGCGGCAGGCCUGCGCCCUCUCAUCGGCCUCAUCAACCGCGUUGCAGAGGCAUUUCCUGUCGCCGACACAACGGAAGACAGGGAGCGCAAGGUUUCCAAGGGCGAUGCUUCCAACAUUGGCAAGGCCUUGCUGCUUUUCAACCAGCACGGUAUUGGGACUUUCGAGCUCAUCGAUGUCACCUUGGACGAUCAGAAUCCGAACCAAACGAUAAUAUCCGUCCUGCCCGGUGGCACGCCAGGCCUCAGCGACUCACAAGCUCGCAACAAUCAGACGGUCGAAGAGUACCAGCGCAUCAUGGCUGCCGUGCUACAAGAAGUGCACCCCAGCAAGCUCACUGCCAGUUACGCCCAGAGACUCGCGGUCGCCAUCAACAAGUUUGAGAGGGAUGUAAGCGCCUUAAAGUCCAAGGACGACAGUCGUGCAGACGACAACUCACCAGCCAGGAAGUUCAAGUUGGAACAAGUCACGAGCGUGGCACCGGAGCUCAACCACGACUUCGUCCUCAAGAACUUGAUUUCCGCUGAUUAUGAGCUCAAAGAACUUUACUUCUCACCUGGUUACUUCGGCAACCUCUCUCAGCUGGUUACCAACACAUCCGUCGAGACAGUCCAAGGUUUCUUCAUGUGGAAGAUGGUCUUAACCUUUUCCGGCUAUGUUGAGGCCGAAGCCACAGAGCGGCUAAACAACUUCAAAGACAAAAUCCGAGCUGCAGAUCCCGACGUGGUUGGCAAGGCCCCAAGAUGGCAACAAUGCGUCCAGCAUGUCGACGAGGGUGUGCCUUGGAGCAGCCUGCCUUCUGGGCUAGGCUGGAUUCUCAGCCGUUUCUAUCUUGACAAGGGCUACUCGAAGGAGUCUCGUGAGCUCGCCACCAACAUGAUGGGUAGUAUCCAGCAGGCCUUCAUAUCGCGCCUCGGAGACAAGGACUGGCUCUCUUCCGAGGUCAAGAAGGCCGCCGAGGAGAAGGUCAACGCCAUUGUGAAGAAGAUCGGCUACCCAGACAUGUCGCCCGACACUGCCAACCCCCGCAACCUCGCAGACACCUUCUCCGGUCUGCAGCUUGGCAACGCCUACUUCGACAACGCUGUCGCGCUUGCAGCCUUUGCUGGCAAGAAGACUUUUGCUCAACUUGGCAAGCCUAGUGACAAGGCAAUAUGGCUCCAGACCCCAUCAACGACCAACGCGUAUUAUUUUGCUACGUACAACGACAUUAUCAUCAACGCCGGCAUUCAGCAAAAGCCUCUGUACAGCCCCGAGUACCCUGCAUACAUCAAUUACGGUGGACUCGGCAUGGUCCUCGGCCACGAGCUCACGCAUGGCUUCGACAACAAUGGACACAACUAUGCUGCCAACGGUUCCCUCGUCAACUGGUGGGACGAGAAGAGCCUCCAAGCCUUCACGAACCGCACCAGGUGCUUUGCCGACCAGUACCAAAAGUUUACCGUCAUGGCGCCCAACGGUACGGAAGUGCCUAUUAACGGCAACUUUACGCUUGGGGAGAACAUUGCUGACGCAGGCGGUGUGGUGACGUCUUACGCGGCGUGGAAGAAAUCGCAGGCGGACAAGAAGUCCAACAAUAUGGACCUUCCGGGUCUGCAGAAGUUCUCCCACGACCAAAUGUUUUUCUUGCAUUAUGCCCAGACCUGGUGCGAGAAGGCGACCAAGGAAGCCGACGUCUACCAAAUCGUCACCGAUGUCCACUCCCUGGGGUUUGCUCGCAUCAAGGGCCCGUUGGACAAUUCGGAGGACUUCCGCGCCGCAUUCAACUGUCCUCAGAAACAGGCUACCUGUAGCCUCUGGUAG